AAUGACACAUAAGAUAGAAAAAAAGUUCAUAUCAAAAAAUGACCCUAAUUUUAUUGAUAAACAAGAAGGGGAGGAUUUGCAAAAUCGAUUAGAGCCACCAAUUAUAAUUUUACAAUCUAUACCACCUUGCUAUUCUGCAGUCCAACAGCAAUGUAAUAAGGAGAGCGAGAAGACAUUAAAACAUGAUAAAGAAAAAAGAAAAGAGAGAAAUCUUAAAGAGCCUGUUGAAAAAUUAAAAAAAAGAGGAUCAACUAAUGAAGGCAAACAUUUAACAUAUCUAUCAAAAAAUAAAGGGGAAGUACAUAAUCAAACUACACAAACAAAACCUUAUUCUAAAGAAGAUGAAAUUAAUAAUGUUAGACAGUCGAAAAAGAAUAGGAAUAAAAGUUUCGAAAGAGGUGAAACCAGUUCUAAGAUUAACCGGUUUAGAGAAGCUAGAGAAACUAGUGUUGAAUCGUCUCGAAGGAAGAGUAGGGUAGAGACUAUUAAUACAAGUUUAAAUGAUAAAGAACGCAAAAAAGAAAGUAGAAAUUCUGUUAGAUCACAAAUAAAAUGCUGGAAUAGAAUUUAUAGCCCAGAUAAUUGUAUUGAAUCUGAAGAAUGUAAAAAAUGUUGCUGUUGUAUUGAAGCACAACGUUUAAAGAAUAAAUUAAGUAGUAUACAAAACUCUAUCAUUCAAAGGGAUGUAGAAGGGGAAAUAGAAGAUAAUAAUGACAAUGAUGAAGGCGAAGAAAACGAUUCAAGUAUGGAUAAUGGACAAACUAAGGAUUUGGAUGAUCUAACGUCAGAUAAUAGCUCAGAAGAAAAAGUUGAAUCUAUAUACAAGUCCGUAGAGACUAAAGAUUCAUCGAAUCUCUCAAAGCUCACUACAAAUCCUCCUGCUGAUUUUAUGACUCCAUCAGCCUCUAAGAAGGCGGUUCAUACUAAGAAAGUAUCAAAUGGUCGAAAGCCUUCAAGGCUUUUCCCCAAAGAUUAUAUUCAACCUUUAUCUAGUCCACCAAAAAAUCCUAUAAAACACAAUAUACAAGACGCAUUACCUAAAAGUAAUAUAUCUUCGGCUCUAGAAAAAUUUUCUAAAGCUGUUACUAAAGCAAAUGCUGUUACGCUUUUGUCGGGCCAUCGAUUGGAAUACGUGCCCAAAUUUGACAAAUAG